CGGGUUGCUUGGUGUCAUUCAUUUGAUGCGAUUUGUGUAAACACUUUCCUUUAAAGAUCACGUUACUAGGUACGAACGUUGUGCCAGUCUCACAUUGACAACGGUUUGGUGAAGAAGAAGGAAUAAUGUCCGCUACAGGAGGUUGUGGUGGUGUUUGCACAAUUUUGCAAAAACUUGGCUUGCAACCGGUUACAAAAUGUAGCCUCGUAAAAUUUUACGCUCCCGCUUUCGGUGUCGCCUCGUAUUCUGCACUGUCUCUUAACGUGAUGAAUCCAGGUCUUGCCGUCAGAAUCUUUCCAAAGAAAGACAUAACAAAUUUCUUAUUGGGAAGUGCUCUCUUAGGCACUGGUUCUUAUAUUUAUACUCGUGAUCACAUGAAAAAUGCACCUCCAAGUGUAAGAGUUUUAUAUAGUGCUGCAGGUGCUGUAUUGCUAAGCUUUGGAUCCAUUUUAGUAUGGGCAGUACUGCGAACCUUUUUGCCAGCUAAUCCUACUCUGUGCACAAUUGUUGGUAUUGGUUCUGGACUUACAUUUGUUAAGGUUGGUUCCAGUUAUCUGAGCUUUGUUGAUGGACAAAUACCGAAGAAGUAGAUCAAAGGAACUUUUGUAAUCAGUGUAUGAUCAUUGUGUACCAAAUGCAACUAAACAAAAAAUUUGCAAUAAUACCUUACAAUAUAGUGAAUUACAUUGAACCAAAGACAAAGAAAAAACAUGUAACAUGAAGCAAGGAAUUCUUAAAUAUUUAUAGAUGUUUAUAUUUUCUAUGACCUUGGCUCUAUAAA